GGAGUGGGGUGCCAUUGCCUUCUUCGGCGAGAGUAGUUAGGUCGGGCUAAAAGUGUUGAUGCUUUCCGUGCGCUUCCAACCGGCCUAGUGACUGGCAGGAAGAGACGCAUCGCUGUAUUUUGAGCCCUCUUGAUUUGGAGCCGGCGACGGCUAGGGACGAAAGUUCUGGAACUUCUCAGCUGAGAAGGGCGGGAAAAGCUGCUUUCGGCCGCCUGCGCCGAGUCUGCGUGAGGAACUUGAGGCGAUUGCCGGCCGAGUAGGCGCGAGGGGAUCCCUUCAGCGAUACUACACCCUUCACUCCUGCUCGGGCGAACCUCAGUAAGAACAGCCCAUCUUCACUACCCGAGCGCAUGUCUUCCAGAUCGACCCCAACACCAAGAAGAACUGGGUGCCUGCAAGCAAGCAGGCUGUCACUGUCUCCUACUUCUACGAUGUCACAAGAAACAGCUAUCGGAUCAUCAGUGUGGAUGGAGCGAAGGUGAUCAUCAACAGCACAAUCACGCCCAACAUGACUUUCACCAAAACGUCACAGAAGUUCGGGCAGUGGGCGGACAGCAGAGCCAACACGGUGUUUGGUUUGGGGUUUUCCUCGGAGCAGCAGCUGACAAAGUUUGCAGAGAAAUUCCAGGAAGUAAAAGAAGCUGCCAGACUAGCCAGAGACAAAUCCCAGGAGAAAAUUGAAACUUCGAGCAAUCAUUCCCAAGCAUCCAGUGUCAAUGGGACAGAUGAUGAGAAGGCCUCUUGUGCGGGUCCUGCCGACACACACCUCAAGUCUGAGAAUGACAAGCUGAAGAUCGCUCUGACCCAGAGUGCUGCCAACGUGAAGAAGUGGGAGAUCGAGCUGCAGACCCUGAGAGAGAGCAAUGCCCGGCUGACCUCAGCGCUGCAGGAGUCGGCAGCCAGCGUGGAGCAGUGGAAGCGCCAGUUCUCCCUGUGCCGAGACGAGAACGACCGGCUCCGGAACAAGAUUGACGAGCUGGAAGAGCAGUGCAGCGAGAUCAACAGAGAGAAGGAGAAGAAUACCCAGUUGAAGAGAAGGAUUGAGGAGCUAGAAUCAGAGCUCCGAGAAAAGGAGACGGAGUUGAUAGACCUCCGAAAACAAAGUGAAAUCAUACCUCAGCUCAUGUCAGAGUGUGAAUACGUCUCUGAGAAGUUAGAGGCGGCGGAGAGAGACAAUCAGAACCUGGAGGACAAAGUGCGGUCCCUGAAGACGGACAUCGAGGAGAGCAAGUACCGACAGCGCCACCUGAAGGUGGAGCUGAAGAGCUUCUUGGAGGUGCUGGACGGCAAGAUUGACGACCUCCACGACUUCCGCCGGGGCCUCUCCAAGCUGGGUGCCGACAACUAGGUCCCCCGUGAGUCCCCAGGGUGUGUGUAACCCGCAGUAGUGCUAGGACGUCCUCUCGUUCGCGUGGCUUCUGUCAAUGCAGGCGCGGUCUGUCGUGUUUCCAAACCAGGGGUGCCGUCCACCCUCUCCUCUCCAGAAUAGAAAUCCCCCCUCGCUUCUUCUCUGGCCUCGCGAGGUCGUGGAUGACUAGACGAUUCUGACUCAGGAAUCCAGAACUAGGCCUACCUUAAACGUUUACGCAGUCAGGGCAAGGAUGUUUAUAUCUUCCUUAAGGGCUGUUGCAACCAUAUGAACUGGAAAAAAAAUAGUAUUUUCUAAUCCAAACAGGAAUAGCCUUUCCACCUCCUUUUUUUUUUUUCUUUUUUUGAGUAGAGUUCAGAGUAUUCGAAUGUCCACCAAGCUCCAGAGCAUAGGGUGUGGCCAUAGUAACUUCUCUCUCAGCAUAUAUAGAGAUGCUUUCAAACAAUGACUUAGUAGAUACUUGUCCUAAGAGGAGACAAGUGUCUCCUGGGGGUGUUUCCUGGCUGGGGAAUCACCUACAUCCACUCAGCCCACUUCUACCGGCUCUCCAGUUUAUAAGGUUGCGACAACGUUCCUUUUCUUGGUUUUAAUUUCUGAACAGGUUACUGCGCUGUGGGGACAGCACACAGUGAGGGUGCCUAGCACAAAGUAGGUGCUUAAUAAAUAUUUGUUCAAUUAAACGUAUACAAA